UUUUUCAUCUAACCCUCGGGAGACAUUGACAUUAAACUAUCCCAUAACUACAAUAUCAGCUCGACUGACUUGAAGCUAUGGGUUAUGUGUGUGACAUUGACAAUGACACCUGUUUGACUUCCACCACCAAGUCUAGUAUUCUAUGCUGGCACUGUGUUCACUCGUUCAAAUUAAUAGUAAAUGACCGAGGGAAGUUUUCUGUAUUGAUAAUUGUGAAGCGUCCCGCGUGUUUUUCUUCUAAGAAAUACAAAUACCGCAAUUUCAGGUUGAUGGCUCUCCUUGGGUUAACAAGGUAUGCAAAACCCAGCCGUGGCCCUCCUGAUAACGAAGAAGAAUCUAAGGCCUCCGAGUAUACUGAAGUACGGAAGCAGCUCGACAAAACUAAAAAACGCGUCAAGGCGUUGGUGAAUGUGAUUGAGGUUCAGAACGCAUUAUUGCGACGAUUGGCCAUAAAGAUUGAUCCCGAUGCUGAGAUGGAAAUAGAUGAGAUUAGACCCACUCUGGGUGACGAGCGGGUAGCGUUAGGCGAGGAUAUGUUCGAUGGACAGCCGCCAAAUGAGACCACCACUGAAACUCCCCAUUUUGAGUCACACAUAACGGCUUGCUGAUACUUUCAGCUGCUCGCUCAAAUUUGCACCACUUGACAGGUCUCGUGGGUAUGUUCACUUGCAAAAUCGGUGCCGUAAUUGGAUUUGUGCAACUUGAGUAAACAUAAUAUUCAGCAAUUUUGACUAAUCAAAAACUCUUCCGUUGGCUCACAUGUUAAGGUUAAUCAUCUGCUACUUGCAAUGUCGUCUAAAGAAACAAUUGAAGUACUGGCUUGGUCAAAGAAAGAAGAGUAUCCAUGUAUUAAAAAGGCCUCAAGAGAACAAGACAGAGACCUAAGAAUGAACUGAAAGAAUAAUUUUUUAGAUCUUUAUUUUAAUUCUUCCCACUGUUAUGACCACGUGGAGCUUCAUAUCCGUCUGACUGGCACAGAUGUUUAAACCGCUGCAAAUGUUUCCCGCGAAAUAUUUUCCUAGGAUAAAAA